UUGGGGGUAGAGAACAGAAUGGUCUAAAAACUACAGUAUUCCCCUGGAAUCUGGGAAAAUCUCUGAUCUGGUGAAAACCUGGGCCCGAGGUCGCCAAAUCUGUGAGCUGCAGCCUUUAUUACCUUCAGAGAUAGAUCUCUGUGUUCAGCAGCCUGAAGGAAGACAAUGGGUCAACAAUGCCAUCUCAGUCUGACAUCUUAAGGAUCAGCAAGUCCUCUUAUGCCAGACUGUAUGACAUUAAGCCCACAGACCUGUGUGGCCUCCCAGUCAUUCCUAUCCUCUAUCAUGGAGGUCUUUAACGACAGCACUCGAGAGAGGCUGGACCAGUCAUUGUCUCUGGAUGAGCUGACCAUGGCCCUUGUGUCUUUAGAAAAGAACAAAAUGCUUAGAAGCAAUGGCUUACCAGCCGAGUUGUAUUCAGAUCUGUGAGACUUGAUUGGCCAGGACCUGCUGGAGGUGUAUGACAGUAUGCUUCUGGCAGGUAGCAUGUGCGAAUCCAUGGAGAAGGGUGUCGUCACCAUCAUCUACAAGUUGAAGGGGGAGAGGGAGGAAAUUAGAAAUUGGUGGCCAAUAUCAUUGCUGAAUGCGGACUACAAAAUCCUGUCUAGGGCCAUUUGCAACCAGGUCAGGUCUUCUCUGGGAUAGGUGAUUCAUCCUGACCAAACCUGUACAAUCUCGUGCUCCUCAGGGAUAUAACCACUUAUGUGCAGGACAGAGGGGUGGUUGGCUGCCUCAUCAGCCAGGACCAGGAGAGGGCCUUUGACAGGAUACCUACAGAUGAGACAUGCUGUCCAAAAUGGGCAUUGUGGAGGGAAUCUGUAAUUGGAUUUGACUGAUCUACAUCAACAUUGUUAGCACAAUCUCAAUCAAUGGGUGGGAAUCAGAAACCUUCCCGAUCAGAUCUGGAGUCAGGCAGGGCUGCCCACUCUCUCCUGUCUUGUUACUGUGUAGCACAGAGGCUUUUGCUGAGUCCAUCAGGAAGGAUGUGAGCCUGAGGGGGGUGAUUAUUCCAAGCAGUGGGUACCUACAGGUCAAAGCCUGCCUGAACAUGAAUGAUGUCAUUGUUUUCUGCUCGGAUCCACUGUCAGUGUGCAGACUCAUGAACAUCUGUGACUGGUUCGAACUGGUAUUGGGAGCUAAGGUAAAUCAAUGCAAGAGUGAGACCAUGUGCUUUGGGCACUGGGCCAAAUGAACUUUUAUCCCUUUCACCAUCAAGACAGAUUAUCUCUACAGGCUGGGAAUAUGGUUCGGAAGAGCCGGGAUGUGGGCAAAAGUUUGGGAGGAGUGCAUCGCCAAGGUAAAACAACAGAGGAAUCUAGUUAAUCUACUAGUUCUGCUACCUUUGAAGCAAUGACCUACAAUACUUCAAUCAGUAACACUGCAUGUAGACCCCAGAAGCUGAUUAUUUUCAUCCCUAUUUUUCUAAGUGUGAUUUUUCUAACUGGUUGUAUCCUGAGUGCCUUGAGCCUUUAUACCUUUUGGUUUCGCUUCAAGAAAUGGAAAACCGGAAUGAUCAUCCAGUUUCAUUUGGCUUUAUCAGAUAUGACAAUCGUGCCAGUAGCACCAUUUAUGAUCAGCUGUUUCUCCAUGGCAAAUCAUUGGCCAUUUGGACAGUUCCUGUGUCAGUUAAAAGUGUUCUUAUUAUUCAUACAUAUGUAUGGCAGUAUCUACUUUCUGACUUUGGUGAGCAUGCAUAGGUAUAUCACAGUGGUACGUUUAACUAAACAUAACAUUUUUAAGGACCAAAGAUUUGUGAAGUCAAUUUGUGUAGGCAUAUGGAUUUUCCUCUUUAUGAGUGCAUUGCCGUUCUUUUUUGUCCUCAAAACAUCAGAAGUCUAUAACAUUACCCAAUGUUUACGCGUGCACCAAACAGAAAUGUCAACUGUCUAUUUCACAUGGAGUAUGGUAAUUUUAUUUCCUGGGUUCAUCAUCCCAUUUGGAGUUUCUGUCACUUGCUAUAUCCUGCUUGGAUCUUAUAUCGUUAAAAUGGAUACCACACUUGCAAGGGGAAAAGCAAUGAAAGUGAAAUCGAUAGGGAUGAUUGCUGUGUCUCUGGUUAUAUUUCUCAUUUGCUGUUUGCCGGUACAGGUGUCGCGUUUAGUUGCUGUUACAGUGAAACAGUUCCACCCUGAGAGUUGCGAGUUGCUGUACAAGAUCGAAGAUAUUUAUUAUACAUCUAUUGUGCUUGCCAAUGUGAACUGUUGCUUGGAUCCUCUACUCUAUUGGUUUUCUAGCAGGAGAUUUCAAGAAGCUUUCAAAAGUACUCUAAGUGCAUUGAGAUGCCAUUGCAAAGAGCAGAACCAACAGAACUUCAACACAGAUAACUCAACUACUGCAGCAAGGCCUAUUAGUUAGACAAUGAAACGCUUUGCCACAAGUUUAUUAUAAAUGACCCCUCAUUGUGCUUAUAAUUAUCUUAAACACAAUUGUCCAUCUUUUACUGAAUCAAUUAUAACCACAGAACAGUAAUAUAUCUGAGAUAACAAGGUGUAGAGCUGGAUGAACACAGCAGGCCAGGCAGCA